CUCAGUCCCAUUAGGAGAAGCUGGAAUGUUAAACAAUCAUGAAAGACACCAACAACAACUGCAAUAAAAGCCUCCUUGUUGACCAAAAGGAGAAGCUGAUUCAGGCCAUUAAACGAAUAAAGCAUGAGUCAGACGAGUGCUGGAACGCAGAGAGGGAAACUUACAUACAGUCAGUUGAAGUGGAGGAUAUCAAAGACCUCUUGAAAAGGUGCCAAGUCUCCUUUAUUCCCCCACCUCCAGUGAAUACAGAGAUUUUGUCUGGACAGUUUGUGGGCCCACUGCAGUACAGAAUCUGGAAACACAUGAGAAGCUCCCUCUAUCCAAACAUUUCCUCCCUCACGUUUGACCCCGAGACAGCCCACCCCCUGCUCUCCCUCAACUCGUCCUUCACGUCUGUGUGGUUUCAGGAUGACAAUGAGGACCCAGUCAAAGAGGGAGAGGACAGCAACCCCCGCCGCUUCAACUACUACUACUGUCUCAUGGCACGAGAGGGGUUCACGCAUGGCAGGCAUUACUGGGAAGUGGAGGUGGCUCGCAAGACAGCCUGGAGGGUCGGGGUGGCCAGGGAGGACGUGUGUAGAGGGGAAAUGGAUUCCUGCACUACAGCUAACGGCCUCUGGACCUUAGCGCUGAAGGGCGGCGUCAUACAGGCCUGCACCGACCCCCGCCCCACCCGCGUCCCCGUCUCCGUCCGGCCGGCGCGCGUCGGGGUUUUCCUUGACUGUGAGAAGCAGGAGGUUGCCUUCUACGACGCCGUCACCAUGAUGCCGCUCUUCGCCUUCUCCAUGGAAACCGUCUUGGUCCCCCUCCACCCUUUCUUCAACCCCUGCGACACGGACGAAGGGAAGAACACCGCCCCUCUGAACCUGUUUAGUCCGUCACUAUGA